AAAAAAAUCUGGCCACCUGGCGCCAUUAAUCUAGGGUUGAGAGAAAGAGAGAGCGAGCAUCCAGAGCUGAUGACUGUGUAUUACGUGUAAAUAAAAAUAGAAACCGUAAUCCGGAGACUGAAGAGCUGGAGCUUUUACUGCCUUUUCCCCACAAGCACACGAAUCAACGCGUGGCGUCGUGAAAGCCUCUGAUCCAGUUCCACUCUAAUAGCUCGGACUGGGAAGAAGCCCGCCCCAAAGCAAAUCCCCCCAAAGAAGAAGAAGAAGAAGAAGAUCCAUUUAAGUUGCAGUAAUUUGGCGCCGAUGGCGGCUGCUGCUUCUUAUCUUUGUCAACAGAGGAUUGGAAGUUUGAACUGCAGCCUUUUUUCAUGUCAUGGAAUUAGCUUUCUCGGCAAAACCUUCCUGUUCUGCAUUAUUAUUCCAAUAAUAAUGCCCACAGCAUAAACGAAAAAUUUCACGAGUUCAUCUGAAUACUCAGAAUUAGCAUGAAGGUGGUUUUGAUCUUGAGCCAAACUAGUGUUAUUAAAGUGUUGCUAUGUCAACAGUUGUCAUGUGACUAAACGUGUCUAAGGGCAAUUGUUAAAUUUGAUCUGGGUAAGUUAGUUUACUGGUCUGCGAGACUGCCUUUACCCAAGCUGACCUAUUUGUAUUUCCCAACAUGAUGAGCAAUACAGCCUUACUCAAGUUCCAUAUUCUAUACAAGUGUUGAGGAUUUGCAUUUCUGUGCUAAAACUACGUUUGUGAUAUCUAUGUAAUUUAUUGAGUUUGGUAGUUGUUGGGUGUUUCUUCUGUUAUUUGGGAGGAUUAGCUUAAUUAUUGGACAGUAGUGCUAAGCUCCUGUCUAUUUGAGGAGUCAAACAACAUCAUGGAAACUGCAAUUUUGAUUGCUAAUCAUCAGCCAAGCAUCAUUCAGAGGUUGCUAGCUGCUCUUGUGCCUGUGCUUUUAAUUGCAAUGGGAUAUAUUGACCCAGGAAAAUGGGCUGCAGCUGCUGAGGGUGGAGCCCGUUUUGGUUCUGAUUUGGUUCUGCUUAUGCUUCUCUUCAAUUUUGCUGCUAUUUUAUGUCAGUACCUUUCUGCUCGAAUUUCUUUGGUGACCGGUAGAAAUCUUUCACAGAUUUGCAGUGAAGAGUAUGACAAGUCCACCUGCAUAUUCUUGGGAGUUCUAACAGAGGUUUCAAUGUUUACUUUGGACCUUAACAUGAUUCUGGGCACUGCACAUGGAUUCAAUCUACUUUUUGGGGCAGAUCUACUCACUUGUGUCUUUCUGACUGCUAUUAGUGCUGCCAUAUAUCCACUUUUUGCCAUCCUCUUUGAGAAUGGGAAGACUAAGCUCCUGUGCAUAUUAAUGGCAACCUGUACCUUACUCUUUUAUGUUCUUGGGUUUCUGUUUAGUCAGCCAGAAAUUUCAAUCUCUGCAAGCGGGAUGCUAACAAAGUUAAAUGGGGAGAGUGCAUUUGCCUUAAUGAGUCUUCUUGGAGCAAAUAUCAUGCCUCACAAUUUUUAUCUCCAUUCAUCAAUUGUACAGGUCUCUCUCUCUCUCUCUGGGCAAGAACAGGGACUACUGAAUGUCUCCAAGAGUCUUUUGUGUCAUGACCAUUUUGUUGCCAUCCUAUGCGUAUUCAGUGGCAUGUUCCUGGUCAAUUAUGUGCUGAUGAAUGCUGCAGCAAAUGUUUUCUACAGUACAGGUCUUGUUCAGCUUACUUUUCAGGACACAUUAUCACUAAUGGAUCAGGUAUUUAAGAAUUCAACAGUGCUCCUUGUUUUUCUACUGUUUCUGUUUCUUUCUAGUCAAAUAUCUGCAUACAGUUGGGAUCUUGGUAGACAAGCAGUCCUGCUUGAUUUUUUCGGGUUGGAAAUUCCUGGUUGGCUUCACCAUGCUACAAUCAGAGUCAUUGCCAUCAUUCCUGCCCUUUUUUGCGUAUGGAAUUCAGGUGCUGAAGGCAUAUUUCAAUUGCUAAUAUUUACACAGGUUGUGGUUGCUCUUGUUCUGCCAUCAUCUGUGAUCCCCCUUUUUCGGGUUGCCUCAUCAAGAUCAGUAAUGGGUGUGUACAAGAUUUCUCAGUUUGUGGAAUUCUUAGGCGUGAUCAUGUUUAUUGGAAUUCUGGGCUUAAAGAUUAUAUUUCUCAUUGAGAUGAUAUUUGGGAACAGUGAUUGGGUUGGCAAUUUCAGAUGGAAUGGGGGAAGUAUGAUGUCUGUAUCUUACAUCGUUCUUUUAAUCACUGCUUUUACUUCACUUUUUUUCAUGCUUUGGCUAGCGGCAACACCAUUGAGAUCUGCUAGUUCCCAAUUCAAUGCUUCAGCAUGGAACUGGGACAUAAAAGAUAGAGUAUCUGCAGAGAGAGAGGGAACUGAUUUUAUUGAGAGUAGGCAUGAACAGGUAGAAUUUAUACAAGAGCAGGAAUCUGCAUUAGCAGCAGGAAAGUCAUUUGAGAGCAAUUUAAAUAUGUCUGCCAGCACUGAUUUGAAUUUGCCUGAAACUCUCCUGGAUUCUGAUAAUGUGCUUCAUAUGACCAAUGUUGAGGAAACUGGUCCUGCUCCUAAUGUAAUGCAACUUGCCACCCCUGUUUUCGAUCCAGAGGAAUCAGCUUCCACAGCUGAAACAGAUGUAAUCUCAAAUGUAUGCAGUGAAGGUUCUUUUGGCGAGGUAGUGGAUACUGCCAUCUUAAAAGUAGAAUCAACAGGCUUAGUAGAAAAGACUUUUAGAGCAGGGGGGGAUUUACAAACUAGGAAUGAGGAAGGAAACAAAUGGGAGCCUGAAGAAUCUCUUAAGGGGGUUUCUCAGAUUAGCCCAUCUUUAACAUCUGAAGGUCCAUGCUCAUAUAGGAGUCUCAGUGGGAAAAGUGAUGACAGUGGGAAUGGCACUGGUAGUCUUUCUAGAUUAGCAGGAUUGGGCCGCUCUGCAAGACGUCAAUUUGCUGCAUUUCUUGAUGAGUUCUGGGGACAGCUAUUUGAUUUCCAUGGACAUCCAACAGAAGAAGCCCGGGCUAAGAAACUGAAUAUUCUACUGGGGAUAGAUUCAAAGGUUGAGCCAACACCAGCCGCCUCACUGAAAGUGGACAACAGUGCAAGGGAAUUUACUGGAUACCUUUCAUCUAUGAGCGAAGGAGGAUCUGAUUCUCCUACGAAGUCAAGUGUAUAUAAUUCUCUGAAGUUGCUUGGGGUGCAAGGUAGCAUGGGGACACCGUAUGGGAUCCAAAGGGGGCCAUCUUCAUCAUGGUCUGGCCACAUGCAUCAUUUGUUAGAUGCAUAUUUGCUAAAUUCUGGCCACAAUACUUCUGGUGAAAAGCGCUAUUCUAGUUUGAGAUUUCCACCAUCUUCCGGUGGCAGUGACCAUCAGCCACUCACUACUGUACAUGGCUAUCAGCUCACAUCAUAUCCCAGUCGAAUUGCUAAAGAAACAAGGCCUGAUUAUUUAACUUGCCAAACGGAGGCACUAUGCCCCAAAUCCCCAUCUUUGAGCACUUCUUAUUACAAAGAUCCACUCACUUUCUCUUUGGGACGGAAACCAAAAAGUGGAUUAAGCACUAUGACACCUCCUGGUUUUUCUACCCCCUCUGUAUCUAGAAAUACUAUAUUGAAGUCUGAAAGACAAUUUGCUGGCCUUACCUCUCCGAUACCUGCUGAGAAUCUUAAUAGUGCAGCUAAUGAGAAGAAGUUCCGUAGCUUGCCGGACAUAUCAGGACUCUCUCUUCCUUAUCGGAACUCAUAUUUGGCUGGUAGAAGCUCUCAGUUGGAUAGUGCAUGUGGUUAUGGACCAUCUCUAUACUCGACUACUUCAUUGAAGGCUGGAACAACCUUGAAAGGUGGUAAUCUUUCUCCUUCGGAACCAUACACCUCACAAUUCAGAUUGAGCUCAGACACUGGAUCCCUGUGGUCCACACAACCUUCUGAAGAGUUUGGUGUGGCUAAUACAGCGCACACAUUCAAGGAUGAGGGAGCUGGGGAUAGGCAAAGUUCAGUUACUUCAGAAACUGCGUCACUCAUGGAUAUGGAAGCAAAGCUACUCCGGUCUUUUAGAAACUGUGUCAUGAAGCUUUUGAAACUUGAAGGUUCUGACUGGUUAUUUAGACAGAAUGAUGGCGUUGAUGAAGAUCUUAUAGAUCGUGUGGCCGCAAGGGAGAAAUUCCUUUAUGAAGCAGAGACUAGGGAGAUGAAUCUAGUGGCCCACGUGGGUGAAUCUCAAUCUUCUUUUGACAGGAAGCCAGUUUCUUCCCUGAAAAAUGAUGAUACAGACAAUGCCAAGUUUUUAGUUUCUUCAGUUCAUUGUGGAGAGGGCUGUGUUUGGAGAGUUGAUCUGAUAAUAAGCUUUGGGGUGUGGUGCAUUCACCGGAUUCUUGAGCUCUCGUUAAUAGAAAGUAGGCCAGAGCUGUGGGGGAAAUACACUUAUGUACUAAACCGUCUUCAGGGGAUUAUUGAUCUGGCCUUUUUCAAGCCUCGAACCCCAAUGGCACCCUGCUUGUGUCUGCAAAUCCCAGGGGCGCACCAGCAGAGAUCGAGCCCGCCUAUUUCAAAUGGAAGCUUGCCUCCACCUGCGGAGCAGGGGAGGGGGAAAUGCACAACUGCAGCAAUGCUCUUGGACAUAAUCAAGAAUGUCGAGAUCGAAAUAUCGGGCCGAAAGGGUCGAACAGGCACCGCAGCUGGCGACGUAGCUUUCCCGAAAGGGAAAGAGAAUCUGGCAUCUGUUCUCAAACGCUACAAGCGUUGGUUGUCGAACAAACCAGUUAGCUCACAUGAAGGGGGGUCUGGGUCGCGCAAGGUUAACACCCAAGUCCACUAAAAAACUGGGCGGAUUAUGAUGUACACGAGUUGUUUGAUUUUGAGAAGCAGCUCAUUGCUCAUCCUCUUGUUACUGGGAUCUCUCUCUCUCUCUCUCUCUCUCUCUCUCUCAUAUGUGUAUUAAAUCUUUUGCUGCAUUUUAGUUUGGAUGCACUCUCUAUAUGUGCAUAGGAUAAGAUUGCUGCUUAAUGCAAUUUGCAGCAGGGUGGAAGAAAGAAAAGUUCCCAGUCAUGCUCUCUCUCUCUCUCAGGUCAUGUUACAGACGAUGAGCAGACAAGGAAUGGCUGCCUCGGACCCAGUUAAGCUCACACCGGUUUUGUUUGUCUUUUUUGCUCGCUCUUUGGGCUACUGAUAUGCGUAAUGUGCUUGUCUAUGUACUCUAAUCUCUCCCUCCCUCGUUUAAAUUUUCUAAAGCUACUAAAAGCUUAUUUAAAGGAGCUGAGCCGAGUAAGAUUGCUCAAGAUCAUAAAUUUAAGUGAAAUAAUUUAAUUUUUGUAAAAUACAAGGUAAGAUUACGUAAUAAAAGCACGGCUAGGGUUAGGGUUAGGUUUA